AUGAACAGAACCGCCCACCGUCUCCGCUGCCGAGCCGGUCGGCUCAGGGCGACGCCGCAGCACAGGAUUCCGUCAGCCCGAGCCUUCUUCUCAUCAGAGGCUACCGGCAACGGCCCACCGGAUGGCAGCAGCAGCAGCUCUCUGUCCAAGCGUCCGUCGUCGGCCCCCAAACCGAUCCUGGACAUCAAGAAGAUCCGGCAGAACCCGGAACUGUACGAAAAGACGUGCAUCGACCGCAACUACGCGCGGCAGGCGGGCCACGCCAAGCGCAUCGUCGAUCUCCACGCGGAGUGGCAGGACCUGACGCGCAGCGGGCGGGCGAUCCGCGAGCGGUCUAAUCUUCUGCGCCGGCAGCUGUCCAACCCGAUGACCAGCUCAGAUGAUGACGUCCAGGACGAGGUGCGGCGCAUGACGCGCGAGGAGAUCCAGGCCGAGGCGCGGCGGCUCAAGCAGGAGCUGUCGGGCAUGACGGACCAGGAGUCGCGCGUGCUAGCGGCCAUGGAGGAGCUAGCUCUGGAUAUGCCCAACCUGACGAGCGAGGAGACGCCGCCGGGCGACGAGGCCGUCCUGCUCAGCUACAUCAACCAGGUGCCGGCUCCGGCUGCGGCCGAGGCGGACGGGGAGGGGGCGACGAAGACGAAGACGAAGCCGCUGUCACACGUGCAGAUAGGGAUGGACCUGGGGAUCCUGGACUUCGCGGCCGCGGCCACGGCCUCCGGCUGGGGAUGGUACUACCUCGUGGGAGAGGCGGCCCAGCUGGAGCAGGCGCUCAUCCAGUACGCCCUGGCGGCGGUGACGCGGCACGGCUGGACGCAGGUGUCACCGCCGAGCAUGGUGUACAGCCACAUCGGUUCGGCAUGCGGGUUCCAGCCGCGCGACCAGAGCGGCGAACAGCAGGUGUACACGGUGGCGCAGACGCGGCACGACGCCGAGCGCGGGGCGCCCGAGAUGUGCCUGACGGGCACGUCGGAGAUCUCGCUGGCGGGCAUGAAGGCGGCGUCGACGCUGCGGGCCGACGACCUGCCGAUGCGGCGCGUGGCCGUGUCUCGGUGCUACCGCGCCGAGGCGGGGGCCCGCGGCGCCGACACCAAGGGUCUGUACCGCGUGCACGAGUUCUCCAAGGUCGAGAUGUUUGCGUGGACCCCGCCGGACCAGGACGCGGCCGACGACGUGUUCGACGAGAUCCUCGACAUCCAGACCGAGAUCCUGUCGUCGCUGGGGCUCCCCGCGCGCAUCCUGGAAAUGCCAGCCCACGAUCUCGGCGCCUCGGCCACCCGCAAGGUCGACAUGGAAGCCUGGUUCCCCGGCCGCGCCGUCCGCCGCGGCAGCAGCCCCGAGUCCCAACAGGAGGACGGCUGGGGCGAGGUCUCGUCCGCCAGCCUGUGCACCGACUACCAGACUCGCAGGCUCAACACGCGCAUGCGCCUGCCCGGCGACAAGCUCACCUUCCCCUGGACGGCCAACGGGACGGCCCUGGCCGCCCCGCGCAUCAUCGCUGCCCUCCUGGAGAACGGGUACGACGACGACACCAAGACGGUGCGUAUCCCCGAGUGUCUGCGACCAUGGAUGGAUGGAAAGGACAAGAUCGGUCUCGGACGUCAGCCGAUAAUACCCGCUCACCUUCUUGAGGGCGCCGGCCCAACCGAGAUCUCUGCGUCUCCAGGCCCUGACGAGCGGCUCACCCCCGACCAUCUGCAGUCUCCUGACGACCAGCCUGUCCGCGCCGGCCUCGGCCUCCUUGUUCCCGUCCUCGCCAUCGUGGGACUCGACCUCGCUCUCCUCGAGCACGGCAUCGACCGCCACCUCGAUCCACACCGGCAGCGUCCUCACCUGAUCGAGGUAGAUGACGAUGACGGCGCCCACGCUCCCCAGCAGGCUGGCCAGCCAGAAGACCCAGAACCUGCCCCCCCCGGGGCCGUACUGCCCGCCUAUGGACACCACGCCCGACACCACCGUGACGGGGAGCAGCACGCCACCCAGGUACGACAGGCGGUCCAGGCUGCGUCUGUCGGCGGCGCUGCGACCCUUGUCCCUCUCCUCGUCUCUGCCUUCCUGCCCCCUGCCGGCCUCCUGCCGGGUCGACGUGUGCGCGGCCCGCCGCAGGACCAGAUGACGAUGCACACGCUCCACCAGGGCGGUCCACACGUCCACGCGGCGGCGGCGGCGGCGGCGGCGGCCUCGGGCGCGAACCGUGACGAGUCCUGGUUGCGCUCCAGGGAUGACAGGACUGCCCGCAGCGUAGGCUCGUGCGGCGGCGCGCUGAGGAGCCUGCCUAGGAACCCUAUCCACCGUCUGUAUGCUAUCUCGCCCGGUGCCUUGCCGUCGAGCAGCUCGCCCUCCAUGUCCGUGCCGCCGCCGCCGUCGUCUUCGUCGCCGUUGUCUUCGUCGCCGUGGCCGACGAGCAGGAUUUCUGGAGUGCCCGUCCAGAGCGACAUGCGCCGGAACCGCGCACCCCCGCGGCUCGUCGCCACGGGGUACUCCCACGCCACCCCCGGCCCCCCACCGGUGCUGACCCACGGUGCGUUCCGGGCGUGCGCGUCCAGGAAGGCGGCGUCCACCCCUCCCUCGCGGACGAGGGCAUCCGCCACCCGUUGCCGCAGCGGCCACUCGUCCACCACGAUGAGGCUGCCGUCCCCGGCGGGCCGCGGCAGCCUGGCGAUGCGCCCGUCGCCGCUCCUCGAGGCCAGCAGUCGGCGUCGCAGAUCCUGCGUGUCGACGAGCCCGCUCCUCCUCGUCCUCGUCCUCCCCCUUUUCCCGGUGUGCCCCUCGCCGUCCCGUUCGAUGCAGUACCCCGGCGACGAGUCGCGGUCUGCCGCGUCGUCUUCCGUCUCCGAGACGCGGUACCACGUUCUGUAG